AAAAGAUUGCGUUUUUCCUUAAAGGUUCAUGCAAUGGCUGGAAGUGAUCAAGAUAUGGCUGUUCACGAACCUCAAAAAUGUGCCAAUAAUGCCGAUCACCAACAAAGACCUUGCUUUGAUCCUUCUUCUCUUCUUUCUCCCAAGGCUGUGCCGCCCAUCUCGGUGGCCGCGGAGAGCGAUCAUGCUCUCCGUCGACCUCGCGGGCGGCCAGCUGGCUCCAAGAACAAGCCCAAACCCCCCAUUAUUGUUACCCGAGAUAGCGCUAAUGCUCUCCGGGCUCAUGCCAUUGAGGUUAGCUCUGGUUGUGAUGUCAAUGAGAGUCUCUCUAGCUUCGCUCGGAGGAAGCAGCGUGGCGUUUGUAUUCUUAGUGGAAGUGGUUGUGUCGUUAAUGUCACACUUCGUCAAGCUGCUUCCUCGGGUGCCAUUGUCACUCUCCAUGGCCGCUUCGAGAUCGUUUCAUUAUUGGGAUCGAUCUUGCCACCGCCAGCACCGCUGGGGAUCACCGGUCUGACAAUUUACUUGGCCGGCGCACAAGGGCAGGUGGUCGGUGGAGUCGUGGUGGGCGCGCUCAUUGCCUCCGGCCCCGUUGUGAUCAUGGCAGCGACGUUCAUGAACGCGACAUUUGACCGUCUGCCAUCUGACGACGACGAAGUGACAGCCGCCAUGCAUAGUCAACACUACGGCCAAAAUGGGCGGAGCCACCACCACCUUGAUGUUUCUGAUCUGUAUGGAACGCCACAGAACUUGAUCACCAACAGCACUCUUCCGCCCGAAUUAUACUCUUGAGCGGCGGCCGGAAGAGCCAUGUCAAAGACUUAAAACUACGUCGUUCCAAGUUAUUACAUAUGUAAUUUCACAAGAACUUUUACGUUUUGGCUCGAAUUUGAUCCAACAAAACAAAAACAAAUUAUCUUUCAACUUCUAA